UAAAUAUGAGAAACUAUAAGGGAAAAUAGCAGAAAACAAAUGGGAAAGAGCCCCCACCAAGAAACAGCUUCUUGUUCAUUCCAUCUUCUUAUUAUUGUAUUGUAGUCUCUAAAACUGAUGGCACUGACUUCUUCUUCUUCUUCUUCUUCUUCUUCUUCUUUCAAUGUCUGUCUUCUAAAAUCUGGUCUUUCAAUUAAGCCUAUGAGCAGAGUUUGGAUGCUGAGACCCACCAAGUUUUUUCCUCUUAAGAAGUCACUUCCACUGCAGAUCAGAUCUUCCAUUAAGAACAAGGUUUUCGAGGAUCAAUCGGAGGGAGUGAUUUGCUACGCGGACGAAAACGGGGAGAUCAUCUGCGAAGGAUACGAUGAGGGCCCUCGCUUUCACCAAAACCCGUCCGAGAAAGCCAACCAUCAAAGAGAGACAGAGAUUAUUGAUCUCCUACUAAAACAAAGUUGGAUUCAUCUAGGAAAAGGUGGUGGAGAGCUAAGCCGUGCCGAAAAAGGUGCACCACUAAAAAAAGACUUCAACGUUAACGGCUUCAACUCGUUCUACUAAUCUACAUAUCGUCUAACUCCUAUGGAGCAUACGCAGAUGCCGAAUGUAUGUACUUUGUAUGUCAAAAUAUGGACAGACAUAUAUUGUUUCAACUCGAGUAGUUCGAGGAAACUGUACUUUCUCAUGUAUCUGAAUCACAUAAUCAAAGUUCACUGCCCAAAA